CCAAACUGCCAUUCAAUAGGAAUCGAGGAAUCGAUCCACGCGCACGCUGCGGCCGCGAUGGUGAUCUGCCGCUUCUUCCUGCAGGGCUUCUGCCGCUUCGGCGAUCGCUGCUGGAACGAGCACCCGGCUUCGCCGCAGCAAUCAGGAUAUAGUAACCGAGAAGACGGGUUCCAAAACCUCCAGCAGCACCAGGGUCGAGGUGGUGGCCUUCUCCCGACCCCUAAUUAUAACAGAGGAGGCAGGAGCGACUACCACGGUGGCAGAUAUGGGGAUGAGAGUGACGGCACAAGUUAUGGGAGGAACCAAGUUGGUGGGUUUGGAGGUGGAGAAAGAGGUCGCAGCGGUAGGGGAGCCUACGAGGAAGACUUUGGAGGCCGAGGUGGGAGAGGUGCCGGUGGAUUUCAGAGCCAACGAGGUGGUUGGCAGGGAAGCACUUGGAAAAGUGGUGGUUCAUCAGGAGGAAUACACACUGAAAACAAAUUCUCUGCGCUGAGCAAUGCCAACAGUGAAAUGGACGAGGUGGACGAGAUCGCUCAACUUGUCAUUAACAUAAAAAAAGACAUGGAACAUUGGGAGAGCUCAGGGCUAUGGUACCUCUCGUGCUAUGCACCCACGAAAGAAAGAGCUUGCAUAACAGGUUUUAUUGACCUGUCACCUGAAGAGAUUCGCUUGGAGUACUACAAACAUCGAAUGUCAAACUUACAGGAAUAUUUGGAUAUGGUCUCACAGCUAAAGGAGAGGUGGCGACAACGCAAGUCUGAGCUAGCCAACCCCAACUCCCGGGAUAUUCUGAUUGCUGAAUUAAUUAAAAAACCCCAGGCAUUGCCAGCAUUUGGGAUUUCUGCACAGCCUUGCUUCAACCAACCAAUGGGGUUAGCAUUGGGAGGGUUUUCACAGCCUGCAUCUUCUCGGCCAACUUUCACAAGCAAUUCGCAGUCUUUAGGUUUUGGAGAAAGCGGCACAGACAGCGGGUUUGCCACUGGUGCAGCACCUGCGUUUGGGAUGCCAGCAAUCGCAGGAUCAAGUCAAGGUUUUGAAGUUGCCCGAUCCUCCACAUCCGCAAGCAGCUUUAACUUUUCAUUGCCCUCCAACACACAGCCCUCACCCAUGGUGGCCAGCCAACCAGCAAUCCAGGCUGCAAAUUUUAGCUUUUCACUGCCAGCUGCUGGAGACAAAGGAGCAGGAUUGUCAUUGGCAACAACCCCUACCAGUUCUGUGGUCUUCAAAGUGGGGGAGCUGCACACACCCAAUGAGGAGCUGACACAGAGAGAUCUGCAGCAGUUCCAGGCAAAGAAGUUCAUGUUCACCAAGAUCCCGCUCAAGCCACCCACCCUGGGGCUUCUCAGGAUUUCCAUUUAAAUUGAAGUCAAGACUCCGUGAGUGAGUAAUUGCAUUGGCAUGGAUAUUUUUCCCCACUCUGCUGUGAAUUUUACUAAUUAUAAAAAUUGUAGCUUUAGUCAUUGUACCAGAAGCUAGGAGUAUGUCCCCAUAACUCAAUGAAUCUUGUGGUACAACUCAUCUCCAUUGUCAGUCCAAGCCAGUGAUGGGCAUUCUACAGCCAUCUCCAAAUAUUUUUUUAGCGAUUUCAUUUGAUACCUAGGAAGGAAAAUAGGCUAAGCCUAUCCCUCAACCGGAUAUUUUAACUCAGCCUUGUCAUUGUGAGCCAGGCACUUUGACAGCCAUCCAACUUGGUACAAGUACAUAAACAACCGUUAACUCAUCAUCACCGCCUUUUAGCAAAAUGAGACUGAACAUUCAGGAAGUGGCCAAUGUAAAGCAGAUUGGCCUUUUCCAGAAAUGUUAUACAGGUAUCUCUCGCUUUACGAACGUUGUUUCACAUUUCAUGUUGAAACAAUUGACAAAUUAGGGACACUUUAUAAUUUACAUAAUUUAGCAAUAAAAUUUCCGUGUUACCAAAAUUUCAUAUUUUUAACGCACCAUGAGAUCAAACAGGAACCAUCCGAGAGGCUGUAAUCCAUCAGCGACAGUGUCACGGUAUCCCUACAGUGCAACAGUAAUGCCUCCACACCAUGUUUCCAGUCAUUCCAACAUGCAGAUCUUAUGGCGAGUCACUGAAAAGGUUCAUUUUGGUUUCCAAUUAAUUAUUACUCAAUCUAUUUAUUAUUUUUGUUUUGUAAAAAGUUGUGUUUUUAGGUUAGUAGUUAAAAUGACUGAAACGUACCUCCUUUUUUAAAUUAAAUUUCGUUUUGGUGUGUUCUUUGAAGAAUGCAUCCCUUUUUGUAAAUUUGAGGGAAACCUGUGGAUUGACUGGGAGCGUGUGGGCUGUACAUUGUCAUGUUUGUGUUCAACAGUUGUUGGAAUUGUUGUACACUUAAGUUUAUUAUUGAAUUCCUAACUUUUAAAUCGUUAAUAUAUGCCGAAUUGUUGAAGCUGAGUCUUAUUUUCUAAUAAGCACUUGUUUCAAAUCUGUUUAAAUUCAGAUUCUAAUAGAUGGCAACAGAAUUCAGUAGAGGAAAGUUUGGUAUAAGGAUCUUAAGUUUUAUAUAUAUCAGAACCAUUAAAACAUUUUGGAAAGUAAA